GGCCGACGGGUAACGUAGUUUGCGGCUGGUUGUUAGACCUUUAGCGGUGUGAACAUUGGCGAUAUGGAAAACUACAGCUCCCUACACAAAUAAGGGCGCCGUACUGAGAUUUGUUUUUAGCUUAGCUGGGACACACGAGUGAAAUUGUAACCGAGGAAAAAAAUAUAAUUUUAAGUUUAUAUUGCUUUUCUCUAAACACUAUCGAAAACGUCUUGCGUAUCCCCAUCUUUCUGGAGUUGACUUGCUGCCAUGCCGGUGCACCGCGACCGGGAGAAGAAAGAGAUUACAGCAGAGGAGAUGGAGGUUGAGGAGCAUGAGCAAGAGGCGUCCAGCUCAGAGGAUGAAGAUUCUGAAACUUCAUCUGUUUCCGAGGAUGGAGAUAGCUCUGAAAUGGAUGAGGAAGACUGUGAGCGGAGAAGGAUGGAGUGUCUGGAUGAAAUGACCAACCUGGAGAAACAGUUCACCGAUCUCAAAGACCAGCUGUAUCGUGAGCGUCUCAGUCAGGUGAACAGCAAGCUGUCAGAGGUGGAGGCUGGCCGGGCAGCAGAAUAUCUGGAGCCUCUGGCUGUACUGUUGGAGAACAUGCAGGUCCGCACCAAGGUGGCAGGUAUCUACAGAGAGUUGUGUCUGGAGUCCUUGAAGAACAAGCAUGAGUGUGAAAUCCAGGCUGCAUGCCAGCACUGGGAGAGUGAAAAGCUGCUGCUGUUUGACACAGUACAGAGUGAACUGGAGGAGAAAAUUCGAAGACUGGAGGAAGACAGACACAGCAUAGAUAUUACAUCAGAGUUGUGGAAUGAUGAGUUAUCAGGAAGGAAGAAGAGGAGAGAUGCUUUAAGUCCAGAUAAGAAGAGGAGACGGCCUUCAGUGGUGUCUGGCCCAUAUAUUGUUUACAUGCUACCCGACUUGGACAUCCUGGAAGACUGGACAGCUAUCAGAAAGGCCGUGGCUACACUGGGUCCCCACAGAGCGAAGUCCGACUCUGACAGCCCUGUGUUCCCAUUCAGACAAGACAGAAACAGGCCCAUUCUCAACUGCUAAGGAACACACAACCAUACACAUGCAAUACAAUGCAUGUAUUAUAAUGACCACAGCUGUCCAUUUCUCUAAAUCUUCCCACAAUCCACUUCACUCCUCUGCUAACAGUGACACCAGUCAGUAAGCUGCAGACACACUAUAAGGAUUUACAGGUUUAAAUCCCUUUAAAGGACAACAGGAAUAGAAGCAUUACAUUUACUGACGAUAGUACUCAGUACUUUUGUUCAGAAUUGGGCUCUCGAUUUCAUUUGUUUGUUUACUCAAUGGACAAGUAAAGUAUUUACCUAUUAGAGUUUCAGUUG